AUGCAGUUAACCUUCCGUUUGUCGAAACUCCAACUCAAGCUGUUUUUCACAAUGAUGUCGGCUUUUAUGGUGAUCACUAUAUGUUAUGGAGCUUUCAACGUGUUCAUUUGCAUGCUGCAGGAGAUUCGCCGUGGGAAAACUACAAAAUGCAAUACAUGGGCACCUAUUAUCGUGAUGAUGGCAAUCACUCAGGGAGUGCUGAUCACCAUCUACAAGUUCCAUUACCUCUCCGAGUCAAUGAUUCUUUUCUUGGUGGUCUAUUACGUUGCAGUCUCUGUCAUCAUGGCGGUAGUGGUAGCCGUAUUCCUUCAUCGCCCACGUCCAAACGACAACACCUGGGUGAAACGUCGGCAACCAAUGAAAUCGAAAUUCAGUCGUUUCCUUCUCUUCUGUCUUAUCGCAGUACUCCCUUCAAUGCUGCAUACACAUCACCUGAGCGCUAAACUAAUGGAUUGGUACUUUGGUGGUGUCGAGGUUUUGACGGCCAUCUAUACUUUCACCGACUACAUGCUUCAUCCAUGGAUUUUCAACAUCGCCGGAAUGCUGUUAUUGGAGCCGUUCAGAAAAGUCUUCACAGGAAACAUGCGACCGUUUAGCUGGCGUUCUAACUGUCUUAUAUUUUACGCAGCUCAUCACAAACAAUCCCAGCUGUCUAUAGAGUCCCACCUCCAAGUUACAACGACGCCACACAGAGGGCGAAACCAUCAAGGCCUACGCAGAUGUACUAGUGCAUUCGGGAAUCAACUUGCUUGUACAAUACACCUUUUAGAUUACCUACUAAGCAGUUACUAA